AUGACCAAGGCCCCCUUCUCUGUGGAGUGGCUGUCCCAAAGCAGCCAGGCCCCCGGGGACCCCGCCGAGGCCGCCCCGCGCCGAGCGUCUCUCGCGGCCACGGGACUCCGGCCCGACGGCGGCUCCAGCCCCGGCCCCAGCGAGCGGAGCGGGAAGGAGGGCACCGGUCCGCGGCCCGGGAGAGGCGGCAGGAGCCGGGAGCGCCCGGCCGGCCCCGCUGCUGCAGGAGCCGGCGAGCGGCCGUGGGCGCCGGGGCAGCCCCCGCCGGCGGCGGCGGAGGCCGAGAGCGGCGAGGAGGCGGGCGGGCGGGCGCGGCGGCUGCGCACCGCCUUCAGCGCCGAGCAGAUCAGCACCCUGGAGAGCUCCUUCCAGCGCCACCAGUACCUGGGCGCCGCCGAGCGCCGCAAGCUCGCGGGCAGGAUGCAGCUCUCGGAGGUGCAGAUCAAGACCUGGUUCCAGAACCGCCGGAUGAAGCUCAAGCGGCAACUGCAGGAGCUGCGACCGGAGCCUUUCUGCAGCCCCCCGCUCCCUUACGGACCUCAGGGCGCGCUGGUGCCCCUGCCCCUCGCGUACGCGGCGCGGCCGCCACCGCUGCCCCGGCAGGAGGCCGCUGCCGGCGCCUUCGCCCUGGCGACGCUGCCGGCGCCCGCCCUGGACCUCAGCAGCGCCUGCCGAGCGCAGCCUCCCGGCCUCUGGGCAGCGCCCUGUUUUGUGGGAUACCGGGACCCCAGGGCCUUCCUGCUGGGCGUCUGA